UUAUCAAAACGUACAAUCUAAACGAAAUAUACUAUUUUUAUAACUCCUUUAUUUAAAUUAAUUGGUUGUCUAGUUUAACAGGAAGAAGUUACUGCUUUCAAAAAUAAUAACUUAUUUCAAUUAAUAGGAAAAUACUUGUUAGUCGAUAGCUUAAAUGAGGUAUUACAGCUAACAUUCCUCUUUUAAAGUUCUAAAAUUUAAAUUUCAUAAAUUUUGUAAGUACAUGGCACCCCAUCAAUAACCUUUUAUUUGCACACCUACGGCUUCCCAACCCCUUUCCUUUUGCUUAUAUACACACACAUCUCCGUCCUUAAUUCCCAACAGCCACCAACUUCCACAAUCAUAUCCCUCUUUUUUUCUCCAAAACCACCUGCAUUAAGGAGAAAUAAUUAGGGGGAAGUGAAAAUGCUGAAGAAUAUCGUCUUUUUUUGAACUUGAAGGGUGGAAAUUUAUGUAAUUAUAUAUCGCAAAGCUACCGUGAAAUCCUUCAUUCACUUGAAUUCAUGUAAACUAAGGGAAAACCAGGAUAAAAGUGCUUUGCUUUAGCUUCUUAAUUAGCAAUAAACAUCUUUGUGUUUAGGUUUUCUCAUAUAUAACUCCAAGAUACACGAAAGAUCGUUCAAAGUUCAUUCCUUGACGAAUAGCCCUGACAAGAUGAAUAUGUGUAGUAGUUCCAAAGGGAAGCCAAGCAAUGGGCGAACGGGUAGCUCCAUAAGCGGUCGAAAAGGCGUUGUUAUUACUGAUAGUGAUGGAAGUGAGAGUUUUAGGAGCUCACGUCGAAAACUAGAGGAUUAUUUGAUUGAAUUAUCCGAAAAGGGGAAAUCAAAAAGAGGAGAAGCACUCUCUGCAAUUGUACAGGAACUAACUAUGGAACUACGGACUGAGUUUGUCGAGAAGAAUUCCGCUACAUUGUUGUAUCAGUGCUUGUCCUGCUUAAAGAAAGGGUCUGCCAUGGAACUUGAACUUGCAUUGAAAGUAAUUGGUCUGCUGGCAAUAAUUCUUGAAGAUGAAGGUCUUGCACAUGAGGUAUAUCAAGAUUCAGUUCCUGUACUUUCGCAGGUUCUUGAAUCUGGCUCCAAGAAGUUAAACAGUUUAGAUUGUUUAGGGAUUGUUGGUGUUUUUUGUGCAAAAGAUCCUGAUGAAACUGAAUCAGUUAUGCUGAUCAUAUGGAAAUUCCUUAAGCCAGAUUCUUGUCAUAAGCACUCAACAGAUGUCUUAGCUGCAGCAAUUUCCACCUGGUCCUUUCUUCUUACUACUAUUGAAGGAUGGAGGCUAAACCAUAAAAAUUGGCAAGAUUCAAUUUCUUGUUUGUCAAAUUUAUUAAUGGAGAGCGAACUAUCUGUCUAUUUAGCAGCUGCCGAAGCACUGGCUUUGAUAUUUGAGAUCGACUGCCUUGAGAAGUUCUCAACUGAAGCAAAGGAAUUAACCAAUGCGAAUAAACAAGCAUUGAAGGAUGAUAUAUCAGAGAAACUGAGGUGCCAAUCCAUAAAAGCAAGUGAAGAUGGAGAAGAAGAAGAGGCGGAGAUUGAUGAUGUUUUGAAAUUUUUCGAGGCUGGCGAAUUGUUGGAAAAGAGUGUAAAGAUUGGUAAAGAUAAACUGAAGUUUUCUACAUGGUCUCGUAGAAUACAGCUGAAUUUUGUGAAGAGAUUUCUUGGAGAAGAGGGAUUUGUCAAGCACAUGAGAAGGAAUGAAAACUUGCAUACCAUUUUUGAGUUUACACCGAAAGGGAAGGAUUCCACAGGGAAUGUUCAUUACACACCAGACAGAGAAGAAAUUACUGUUCGCUUCUUCAAACCCAAAGUUCAACAGAAAGAUGGUUCUCUGUUACCGUUCAUGAGCAAUGAUGCGAAGCAGCUAGUGAAGAAGAUGACAAUGUCUCCAAAUUCUCCAUUGAACAAGGCUAGGACUCAAUUACUGAACAAGAAGAGGAUGCUGCGAUCAAAGGGUAAUGACACUAUUCACUCGAUGAAUGAUGAUGGAACUCAAGUAGACUAGAGGAGAAAAAGCUUUUGUAAUGCUUUUAUUUUUCUUAUCAUUUUUUGAAAAUUUUAUUUUAUAGCAAUUAAAAUUUUCAUAAUCACAUACUAGACUUUCAUUAAUUUGUUUUGAGAUUUGUUUUUCUGUUGGGGGUACUUGUAUGUAUAAGUUGAUUACUCUGACCUUGAAUUGAUCAUACUUCUGCAA